UGUUUUCUUCCGCCCAGUCUUGGGUGCGUUACGUACCAGUGAGCUAGUAGCAACAGACAGCGUCUCGUUUAACCCAGGUUGACUUCCAAUCCCUGAUCUACCUUCCUCCACCUUCGAAGUGCUGGGAUUACAGGCAUGAGACACCACCCUGGUGUUUAUGCGGUGCGGGAUGGAACACAGGUCUGUCUUAGAAUUAGGCAAGCUUUCUCCGAAGAACAUAUAACCUCAUCCUGCAAGUGCUAGGUCGGGUGGUCGUCCCAGACUUAUGAAGCCCUGAUGAUAUUCGCAGGGAAAGUGAAGCAGAGAGUGGCGAGGGACAUACAGGGCCUCAUGUUCCGGUGCAGUGCCAACUGCUGUGAGGACAACCAGGCGUCUAUGCAGCAGGUGCACCAAUGCAUCGAGCGCUGCCAUGCGCCUUUGGCUCAAGCCCAGGCCUUGGUGACCAGUGAGCUGGAGAGGUUCCAGGACCGCCUGGCCCGGUGCACCAUGCAUUGCAAUGAUAAAGCCAAAGACUCGAUAGAUGCAGGAAAUAAGGAGCUGCAGGUGAAGCGACAGCUGGACAGCUGUGUGGCCAAGUGUGUGGAUGACCACAUGCACCUCAUCCCAACAAUGACCAAAAAAAUGAAGGAGUCUCUGUCAUCCAUCGGGAAAUAAAAUUGUGACUGUGGAAGAAAGAAAGUUUAGUCUGUUAAGCAAUGUUUGUGAAUGAGGAAAACUCAGGACACAGCAAGUUCCAGACAAAUGCCGCUCACCUCUGGACACCAGUUCCUUUGCAUCUGGAUGUUAGAAGGUGAAGUGGAAAGAAGCUGGUGCUAAAGUAUGGAUCACAGAUAGCACAGGGCUCAGAUUCUUACUACAUAGACAUCAAGCCGGCAGCUUUCUUCAACCUGCUGGUAAAGUUUGAGGAGAGAUGUGUCUGUUGCCAACCGCCUGUUUACCACACUGUCACCACACCUUGCAUGUGCUCUGAAAUAAAACCCAGUAGGCUAGUAAUUUAGAGGGAGGAGAGGUCUCCUUUCCAGAUCUUUUCUGUUUGGUUUUAUAUAAAGGGCACAAAGUAGAUUUAAGAUACAGGAAGGAGAGUAGUUUGAAUGAUUUCUAAAGGUUCCUUGUAUUUUCUGGCCAUUAAGAUAGGAAAGCCUAUUUCUUCAAAUUCUGUCAUUCUGGAAGCCCCUGCAGUAGGGUAGUAUCAUACUGUAUAUGGGAAACAGUUUCCUUCUCUGACUUGUGUAGGAAAGUAACGUAUCCCCAGACUUCACAGAACAAAAGUCCAAAGCCAGUAUUACUCCCUCAGCCCCUGAAUUCACAGAGCCUUUUAGAGAUAAUUUUCUUGCAAGAAGGAGGCCUAAAAGUAAGCCACUUGACCCAAGGAAAGCCAGGACCACGAUAGAGCAAAACAGGCACACAUCUUCUUACCAAAUGCCAUUUUUUUGCUUGGGGCUAUGCAGUGCAGUGUUGCUGCCCCAACAUGACACCUUAUCUUUUGGAUAAGUACUAUGUUGUAUUUAUACCAAUUAAUUACUUGAAACAGCGAUAAUACUUGUCAGUUUGCAAUAUAUUUUCCAAGUGGUUUGGUUUUUAAAUAAAGUUUCAUUGUCUCCAA